AUGUCGACGUUGAAGAGAUCGCCUUUGAAGCAGACGGAUAGCAACAUUCGGGCUGGAACGCAAGCCGCCGUCAAAAGGCGAAGCGUGGAAAAACUCGAGAUUCAACAUCGCAAGAGGGUGAGGACGGUGGAGGGAGGCGGCCGCAGCAGAACUAUCGAGGGUGCCGUCCAGCACCAGCACCGGAAAGCGGAGUUCAAAAAGGUGGACGAAGGGAAUGAUGAAGGUGAGGAGCGACAGAACGUCAAUGACAACAAAACUUCGAACAAUAACAUAACGGGUGCCAAGUCCGCCAAAACCGGUGGGGGUAAGGUCACACCACAGGAUUUACUCGAAUGGCAAACCAAUUGGAGACGAAUAAUGCGGCGGGACACCAAAAUAUAUUUCGAUACCACAGAAGCAUCGCACAAAAACGAUAAGAAACGAGACCUUUUGAAGCGAGGGUUCAUGUCUUUAGGCGCUCGCAUUACACCCUUUUUCGAUACCGAUGUCACUAUUGUCGUUACGCAGAGGGUGAUUCGAGAAUAUUCACGGUUGCCUGAAACAGAUGUGUUGGCCAGGGCCAUGAUCCGCGAGAUGAAGAUCUGGGAUUACGAGAAAGCCUCCAGAUUUCUGAACAACUUGGAUGUGGAUUUGGAAGCACAAGAAUGCAAGAACCCCCUUCCACCAUCCACCUUGUCAAAUCUACUACACAACGAAAAACUUUAUGGACCGACCGACCGAGAUCCUAGGGCUAAGCGUGAGGACGUCCAUUACUUCAAAUACCCACACGUUUAUCUAUAUGACCUGUGGCAAGUAUGGGCGCCGGUAGUGAUAGCAGAAUGGAGGCCCCAGGAGCUAAACAACCCCGAUCGCUUGCCGUAUCCUCGCGUCAAACCGGGCACUUUUGGAAGGUGCCCAUUCGUUGGAGAUGGUCAUUGCGAUGAGCUCAGCGCCAAGAGAAUAAUGAAGCGCUACAAACGCGACAACCAGAAUGAGAAAUAUGCAUUACAAUUGCGGAUUCUUUACCAGAAGUCCGCAGAACCGUUGAGUUAUACGUUCGACGAGUUCAAAACUACGAAACCGCUAAUUCUAUCGCACAACUACCCAAAUUCACACGAGUGCCACGAUAAGCUCAUGGGCGUGAAUACACAGUCCUCGGAAGAAACGCGAUCGAAUCAAUCUGUGGAAUCAAUAAAUUCAAGGGUGGAUGCGGACACCACCACCGCUAACGCGAUAAAGCCACCUGUAAAGACCGUGUGGAAGACUCCCGCGGUCGCAAACCUGCCACCCAUGAUGAUGCUAUCCCGCCAGGAUACGGAGGACAUGGGUGCGGACGAUUUGUGUCGCAAGAAACCACGCAUCCCACAAGAGAUCAAAGCCAGUGGGGUGGUGCAAUCGAACGACGGCUCUGCAGUACAGGGUAACGGACUCGGGCCCACGAGGGCUUCGGUGAUGAAUAAAAACAUGCGUACCCUGAACCGAUUGGUGGUUGACAAGAAAUUUCAUGGGGCCACUGUGAGUCCGGCUAAUGCAUCAAUAGGAUCCACGAAACCAGAUGAAGGAGAGCACAGCGUCAAGUCGGACGCUGCGAAGCGGCCAACCACGAGUGCUGCGACCGUCAAGACAUCCACGGGUACGACUGCCACCGCUGUUCCCACUGCCACCCCGGCUGCGCAUCACGUGAAAAUGACUUCGGGUUAUUGCGAAAAUUGCCGCGUGAAAUACGAAUGCCUUGACGAACACAUUGGCUCCGAGAAACAUCAAGAGUUUGCGCAUGAUGAUUUGAAUUUUGAACCCAUUGAUGCUUUAAUCGAGCGUUUAGCAGCAUCCCGAGCAUUUACAAAUCGCUUUUAA